GAAGUCCACCCCCUGCCCCCCAAAAUAGAAGCUGAACCGUCAAAACAUAAACAGAGCAGUCGACCUUGUUUGAACGCUGCAGAGUUUGUUUUCCUCUGAAAACUUGACGCACAAUGCGGCGUCUUUUCUGUCUCAGCCUGGCUGGUAGAGGCGCGGUGUGACGAUCGCAAAGCUGCCAUAUAAAAGGACUUAGCUUUCAGAAAGAUAAAAAAAGAAGUGCGCCGAGUCGGGCCUGCGAGUCGAGACUACUUUGAGACACCUGUAUGACCCCCCCCCCCCUUUGCGUGUGUGACAGACUUGCCUUCACGGACGUCAUGGCAGAAACCGAAGGCAAAGCCACGUCGCUCAACGGGGCCUCUGGGGAGGAAGAAGCCAAGGGGGAUCAACACAAAGACGCCUGUGGGAGCAAAGAUGGAGCCAAACACAGUGACAACGGAGAGGCAUCUGGUGACAGAAAUGGGCCAGAAAGUGAGCCGAAGGCGGAGGAAGGUGAAGAGGAGGAGGAGGAGGACGAUGAGGAAGACACUGACAGCAUGGAUGGAAGCGCCCUCUUUUCUCUGACUGAGGAUGGUGAAAGAGACAGCGAGGGAGGCAGACAAGAGAGGGCGAAAGAUGGCGGAAGAAGGGCCGCACGGAAGCGGAACAGACCCUGCGGCGGCAAUAACAACAACCGUUCCUCCAGCUCGGAUGACGAUGACGAAGAGGAACUGAAAGAUGGUGACGAAAACGACAAGGAAGACGACGAGGAAGACGAGGCGAUGGAGGCGUGGUUGGGCGCCGAGCUGCAGGACCUGCGCGGGCUGGCGUGGCGCGCCAUCCCCUCGCUGCGCGGUCGGGAGAUUGGCCGGGACUCACAACAGUUUGUGAGGCGCGUGUGCGGCGCCCGCGGCCUGGUGCAGAGGCUGGAACUACAGGGUCGGCUGGAGAGACACUCCGGCUGCGUCAACACGCUGCACUUCAACCCGUCGGGCACGCGUCUGGCGUCGGGCAGCGACGACCUCCGCGUGGUCAUCUGGGACUGGGCCAUCCGGCGCGCUGAGCUGGAGUUCGACAGCGGGCACAAGAGCAAUGUCUUUCAGGCCAAGUUCCUACCUCACAGCGGCGACUCCACCUUGGCCAUGUGCGCCCGUGACGGUCAGAUUCGUGUGGCGGAGCUCUCAGCCACCCAACGCUGCAAGAACACCAAGAGGGUGGCACAGCACAAAGGGGCUGCACACAAGUUGGCCCUGGAGCCCGACUCUCCGUGCUCCUUUCUGUCGGCGGGAGAGGACGCCAUCGUGUUUGGAAUCGACCUGCGGCUUGAUCGUCCUGCUAACAAACUGGUGAUGGUGAAGGAAGGUGACAAAAAAGUGGGCCUCUACACAAUCUUCGUCAACCCGGCCAAGACGCAGCACUUUGCGGUCGGCGGGAGGGAUCAGUAUGUCAGGAUUUACGACCAGAGGAAGAUCAACGAGAAUGACAAUAAUGGCGUACUGAAGAAGUUCUGCCCCUCACAUCUGGUGUCCAGCGAGUCCAAAACCAGCAUCACCUGCCUCGUGUACAGUCAUGAUGGCACAGAGCUACUUACCACCUACAAUGACGAGGACAUCUACCUGUUUGACUCCAACCACAGCGACGGUGCCGACUACUGCAGGAGAUACAAGGGACACCGCAACAAUGCCACAGUGAAGGGCGUCAACUUCUACGGGCCGUGCAGCGAGUUUGUGGUGAGCGGCAGUGACUGCGGACACAUCUACCUGUGGGAUAAACACUCAGCUCGCAUCGUCCAGUUCAUGGAGGGCGACAGAGGCGGAGUGGUGAACUGCUUGGAGCCGCACCCCCACCUGCCAGGCAUGGCUACUAGCGGCCUGGACCAUGACAUCAAGCUGUGGGCCCCCACUGCCGAGGUUCCCACUGGACUCAAGGGCCUCAAAGAGGUGAUGAAAAAGAACAAGCGGGACCGUGAUGUGGACACCGUGCGGCAUGGCGACCAGUAUGACACCCAGCUGCUGUGGUUCCUGAUGAGACACAUGAGGACCCGACGGCCACAGAGCACACGACGUGAAGGAGCUGACGCCGACACCGACGAGUCUUGGAGCUCGCCAGACACCUCUGACGAAGAGGAGGGGAGUCCAGAUCAUGUUCAGUGCAUGUCCUCCUGAGCCACACACACACACACGCACACACAUAUAUACAGAUACUGUCCAGUAAAAAGCAGGUACUGCGUGUCCCCCAAAAAAUAAAUAAAAAAAUCAACAGCAAUGUUUUGGAUAACGAGAAAAAUAAUUAACAACUGAAAAUGUAGUACACAAUAAUGUUUCAGACAAUAAGGAAACAAAUUCAUCACUUGUGAUUUGUGUCCAAAAGAAAGAUUCAGGGCUACAAAUUUAUAUUAAUAAUCGAUGAACCAGAUUUAACAAAAGUUUUCAUUUCCAUCCCCAUAUUUAAAACAGGGCAUUCUUCCAAAUUGGAAAAAAAAGUGUCCAAACUUUGUGAUCAUUUGUAUCCCAACAAAAAAACCAAAACAUUGUUUCUAAUUAAGAAGGAAAAAGCACAUAAUGUCUCAGGGUUUUUUUUUUGUGCCCAAAAGACCAAAAAUGUUGUGAAAGUAAUUAAAAAUUUAACAUUAUUGAUAUUAAUUGUUACCCACCCCCCACCCCUCCCAUAAUGUUGAGGGUAAAGCCCUCAGAAAGUUUGGUUGCCAAAUGCAGUGAUAUUUAUGCCCGAAAAAAAAUUGCAGAACAUAUUGGGACAAACAAUCAAAAAAAGUACAAUAAGUGGUGUUUUUUUGUCCACAAAAAUAACAACUAUCUAGGGGUUUUGGGGUGGAAUCACCAAAUUUGUUGUACAAAACAAGAUUUUUUGUGUGUGUCUCUACAGAAAAACAAAAAAAAAAAAUGUCUGUGUAUACUAGAAGCAAAAUGUUAGCAAAAAGCAAAAAAAUGGUUUUGUGUACAAAAAAAAGGCUUUGAACAACAAUGGAAAAAAAAAACGUGCAUUUUGUUUUGGUCAAAGAUAACAUUUUUCUGACAAUGAAAAUUUGACUCGUGAAAAAAGUUAACAUUUUGGGUACUUUUUUGCACAAAAAAUGGCAUAGAAUGUUGCGUUUUAUGGAAAAAAAUGAACAAAAUAUUAAAAACAAAAAAAAAAACGUUUCCACAAAACUUGGAGGUGCAUGCGUUUUAUUAAGACAUCCAUGUUGCAUACAUGUAUACAUAGAAGAUGCACAUAUGUACGCAGAGAGCCAAUGACCAAUGAAAAGCAUCCAUCUCCAACUCAAGUGUAAAAAUGAUGGUGCUGCCUGCUUUUCACUGGACAACCAUGAUGCAUUCAUGCCCUCUUUAGCAUGAUUGACACACUGACACACACACAAAUCAGACUUAGUGAUGGUGAAGAAUGCUGGCCACUGUACGAAGACGUCAAUUUUCCUAUGUCCCAUUUUUGACUGCUGCCUCUAAACGUACACCAGCACGUAGCCACACUCCUUCCCAUUGUAGCGACAAGCUCCUUCUGCGCCAGAUUGCUGACCCCUCCCAAACUACUGAGUGCACUUUGAAUCAGGGAUGUUGCCGUUUGACACAUGCACUAAAGAGUGAUUUUUUUUUUCUCUUUUGUCAGCAGUGAUUUUUUUUUUUUUCACAGCACUCAUAGGUUUUCUCACUUCAGCCUAUUUCUGUUCACUCCACCUUUGACAGGAAACGUUCUGCUCACUUUCACUGCAUGCGCCACGGACGAACUUUUUUUCCAGUCCCCCCCCCCGUUCGGAUUCAGUGCAAUUGCUCCAGUUCACCCACGCAAUUUUUAAGUUGUACGGCCCUGAGAAUGAAAACCAAAUGGUACCCAACUGGAAAGGGAAAAAAAGUUCCCCAAACCCCAAUUGGAAGCCGUACGAUCUGUAGCUGAAUUAGAAGCAGCUGAUUGGCUGGAAACUGGAAUAGGUAUAGAGGGUGGCAUUGGGGGAUUUUUGAGGAGGGUGGUGGUUUCUUUGGACAUCGUGCUUGCCCGUUCUUUGUGGUGUGAGAGCAAUUGAAGCUUGGCUUUUUUUUUUCUCGUUUUCUGAGAAUUCUUAGUCAAAUUGUACAUAUAUAAAUAUGAAAAGUGUAAAAAAAAAUUACAAAAAAAUCAACCUAUAGAAGAUGCUGUUUGUCAUGCAAAACAUUUGAUUGGUUAAAGAUGCAGAGGUUUAUAUUCGAUACAGAUCCAACAUGCACCUUUUUCUCCUGAUCGCCCGAGACUGUCCUUUACGGUAUUAUGUUACCAUUGUACACAAUACUGUUUUUCAUUUGAAAAAAUGAUUUCAAAUUUUCCCACCCACAGGCUUAACAUUUUUGAAACGUCUACUGGUUCUGUUGGAAAUAUGUUGAAGAAUUUGUGCAAUAAAACAGACAGUACUCUU